AUGGUCUCAUUAUCCGUGGAGCCAUGUAGCGUAAUAGUUACCACUACCGAGUUGACACUGGCCAAUCACAUAUUCACCGGGAGAGCUCUUUCAUUCCAAGGCGGCGCGGCCCGUGAAAACGCCAGGUCUCUCCCCGCAGCCUCCUUUGUUCCUCGUACUGCAAACCCCCAGAGCUUCUUGGAAUGCCCUUUUCACAAAUACAAUAGCAUCCAGUUCUACCUAUGCAGUGACAAACCUCUGAGAGGCAUGUCAUGCCUGUGGGAUCAUCUCAGAUCGAAGCAUCUGGCCUACACCAACUCUACUCCUUGGACUUGCCCGAAUUGCCGUGAGGAAAUCUACGAUCACAAGCAGGAUAGCCACCAUGAUCUGUCAAAAUGCGCCACAACUAGCCCGGGAGAGUCAGGCAUCCUGCUUGAUUCAGAGCUGCAACAAUAUCUAGACUCCACCAUAGGUCGAAAGCCCGAGGCAGCAUGGCCAAGGACACAAUUUUUGGAGAUCGCUGUUCCUUAUCUUACUGCAAAGGCUCGAACUACACCCCUGGACACCGGCUAUCAAACUCUUAUACUUGACACCAUAUACGCAACCUAUAACAGCAUGAGUAAUGAUGCGCCCCAGGAGGACGGAACUCAACCCUCGCAACAGUAUACCGCUAAGCCCUGGCCAAUAAUACCGCCAAAUCCCUAUCUACAGCUCCCUUAUAACGGAAUUCAAGCUCAGUGGCAAUACCUCGUGAGUCCCCAGCAAGCUCUACCUCAGUCGUCUCAUCUGCAGGCUGCACAGAGCAAUCACCAAAGUCAAGAUCUGCAACAACCGCAACAGUCUCACGCCGAGCCAACCCCUAAUAAUUAUACUCAAACUUCAUCUUAUCAGCAGCCACCAUAUAGUUCUAGCCCACAGCUGCUCUGUGACUCGUCUCAACCUGACAUGACGCCUGCGGAGGAUCCUAGCACGCCGGCAAGCUCGACAAGACAGCAGAGUCUCGAUACUACCCAGCCUCAACCUCAGGAACAUCCGACGAGGAAUGAAUUCGGCAUCUCACUUGAUUCGCCUCAGCCUAAUAUAAUACCAGCGGAGAAUCUUAGCACACGGACAAGAUCGAUAAGGCAGCAGAACCCCGGUAUUUCUCAGCCUCAACAUGAGGAACAUUCGACGACGGAUUGGUUGGACUUUUCACAGUAUUCGCCCCUCACUCGGGUCCUAGAUCAUCCGGACUACAAUCCAGUGUCUUAUGCUGAGAACAGCAAUGAGCAAUCACUUGAUAUUAAUAAGGAAGGAGAAGAUAAUGGUAUUGAUCUGACGGAUUGA